GCGUACCUAUAACCAUUAAGGGAAGCCUUGCUGUUAAGGGUCUAAAACAUACUGGCGGAUCAGUUAUUAGAAAAGAUCACAAAGCCGAAUUGGAUGCGGAUGUAGUUUCUCUGGUGCGAAAAGCAGGCGCAAUUCCUCUGUUAGUAUCAAAUACCCCUGAGUUAUGCAUGAGUUUAGAAACCACUAAUAAACUUAUUGGAACUACUAAGAAUCCGCAUGACACCACCAGAACAUGCGGAGGAUCUUCCGGUGGAGAAGCAAGUCUUUUAGCAGCUGGAGCAUCUGUUAUUGGAAUAGGAUCAGAUGUAGCUGGAUCCUUAAGGCUUCCAGCCCAUUAUUGCGGAAUAUGGGGCCAUAAACCUACUCCAGGGACAGUGUCUUCCACUGGUCAUUAUCCCUCAUGCAACCAAUACGAAGAAUGGACGCGUGCGUUUACUGUGGGCCCGAUGGUUCGAUAUGCAACUGAUCUUAAAACUUUCUUGCGAGUUAUUGCCAAACCUGAACAGGUGGAGAAAUUGGAUUUAGAUGGAAAGCCGAAUUGUCGAAAACCACGCAAGAAACAUUUUGAUGUAAAAUUUGGGAAAGCGAGUUCUACUCCGGCCAAUAAAGUCUCGAUUUGCACAGUCAAAUUACUUGUGUCCUAUAUUUUAUACGUUGAUUUAAAAAAAAUCAAAAUAUACUAUUCUGAGCAUGAGGAUUAUUAUUGGCGAACACCAAAUCAACACUGCCGGAAUGCGGUCAACAAAGUAGUCGAUCAUUUAAGAAACGUGUGUGGUUCCGAGCCUCAAAAGAUAGACGCUCAUUUUUCUCAAAACGUUCCAGAUCUUUCUGCUAUAGAUCUGUUAAGUAUAGAAGGUAUUGAAGAUUGUUUUGAUGGAAAUGGUAAUGGAGCUUUAACGGAACUCAUGAAAUACGCGACUUUUAGAUCGCAGCAUACGUUUAUGCUGAUCAUGUGUGGAGUGCUUCGUAAAACACUGAUAAAUUCCCCGCAGAAAAGUAGGGAUAAAGUGAAAAAUAUAGUGAACAAAGUAAGAAAAGCAUUUGAUAGCAUGUUAGGAGAAGACGAUAUAUUGAUUGUACCGAGUUUUCCAACUGAAGCUCAAAAACAUGGAGAUGUUUUAAGAUCGAUCAUCUGUAUUGGUUAUUUGUCGAUAUUCAAUUUGUUGGGGUAUCCAGUUACGAAUUGUCCUGUAGGUGUUACUUCUGAUGGUCUACCAGUUGGAGUUCAAAUUGUUUCUCGACCAUACGGAGAUAAAAUCACAUUGACACUGGCUGAGGAAUUAGAAGCAUCAUUUGGUGGCUGGAUAGAACCCAGUGAUAUUUAAGAAUUCUUCUAAUGUGACUAAAAUCAACCACUGAGUAAAAAACUUUUGUUAUGGAAUCCUAUGGUUAAUAUUGUUAUUUAUCAUUAAAUAUUUUUGCAAUC